AUGUCGUUUUGCACAUUUCUCGCAAGAAUCUUCAUAUUCUUUCUGAAUUUGGCACAAACGCUUGUCGGAUUGACUGUUAUUGCACUGACAUUAUGGAUUCGAUUCGACAAAAGUUUCGAGUCGGAAAUCCGGACAAACAUUCUGAGAGACACUGAUCCGGAGCCAUUGGCCGGAGUCAAGUCGGAUAUUAGAACAGGGAUUAUUGUGGCGUUUUGGAUAAUUAUUGGAUUUUCCAUUGCUAAUGUUAUAAUCGGAUUUGUUGGAGUUAUUGGAGCAGUCAUUAGGAGCAAAUAUCUUUUGGCCCCAUAUUUCCUCUCAAUGGUAGUCCUAUUCCUUCUGGAAAUCGCUGUUGGAAUCACCGCAUUGGUCAAGAGAAAGUCAGUGAGAAGAACUGUGAAGGAAUAUGUCUUUGAUUCAUUCAACAUGAACUCCCAACCAGAUGUCUCUGCAUUUACUUUCCGGUACAACUGCUGUGGAGCUGACAAUCUCCCGAACGUCGAGUGCUUCGCUGGUCAGCCCACUUGCUCUUCUGCAGUCUGGGAUCGUUUGGAUUUCACAAUGAUGAUUUUUGGAAUUGUUAUGCUUAUUAUUGUUGUUUUACAAGCACUUACUGCAUUGAUUACUGUUCCAAUUAUUGAACGCGAACGAGCCUCUACAUCGUCAGCAAGACUCCACCGACUCUCUGAAGAAUCGACACCUCCGAAGUAUACUGUUGGAGCUAUGAUGGGUGUGUGCUCACUAAAACCAAUCGUCUGUCAACAUCCUGAUCAAUUCACCGUCUCACCAGAACCGGCGAAAGGCUUUCUAUACGUCGUUGAGGGAGACGGAACAAUUCGAAACCUCUGCUGGUACAACUUUGAAACAGGAGAAGAUGAACAUGUCAUCGACGUGGCUCCUGGUUAUGCUACCUUCCAACGCGUCCGGGAAUGCACAGACGGAUUCGUUUUCAUUGUCAAGUUUGCUGAUGAUAGAAAGCACGAUCCAUCGGAUGGCGUUUAUCUGUAUUGGCUUCAAGAGGAUAUCGAAGACAAGGAUACAAUCGCCGAUAGAUUCAACUCAGCUAUGAACAAUCCUUUCAAUCAAGAGGCAGGUUACGUCGCGGAUCGACCACGUCAACCGAUCGUCGAGACUCCAGCUUCGUCGAUUGUCGAGCCCUCAGCAGCACCGACCGUCGUGACAACAGCAGCGUCGAUUAUCUACUUCUGGAUAUCAGCAGCAGUCGUCGCCGGGGUCGGAAGACAAGCGGCUAUCAUCAAUCAUAUCCUGGCAAAUGCUGGUGUCGCGGAUCGGCCACCUCAGCCGCUUGACGAGCCCUCAACAGCACCGAUCGUCGAUGUCCCAGCAGGACCGGUUGAGAAUGUCAGAGAUGAGGAGGAGGAGGAGGAGGAGGAGGAGCCACAGGAAAACGAUGAUAUGUCUCCAGUUCGUCUUCCACAUCGUGUGGAUGUCUCCAAGUGA